GGGAGGGACUGUGCUUGCUGCUGCUGGGCUGAUUGAAGAGAUUUCUUUGAGGCUAGAGGUGCAGAGGGGGCUGGAGUGGAGUUUAGGGAUUAAGGACUGCAGGGACUUCCUCCUCCAAUCUCAGGACUCCACAGCAGGACCUUAGCCCUGGGAGCCUGAUGUCAGGCAGGACAAUCACUGGAUACCCCUCUGCCCAUCACUUCACUGGAAAGGAGUUAAAAACACCUCUGUUCGGAGUCUAAUCCUUUUAUGAUUUCUUCACCUUCUUGAAUUGAGAAAAUAAUACUUUGUUACAAUUUAAGAGCCAAAUUAAGAAUAGUACGUGUCAGUCAGCAGCACAUUCAAGAAAUCCCCAGUUUGCAAGCAAAAGGCUCUCUUCAUCAGGAGUCCUACUCUGGAGAAGCAGAAUGUUCCUUUUUGGCUGUCUGCUCCUGUUCCUCAAUCUAAUGGCUGCUCAGCUCUGCAGGGGCAGUGACCAGAUACAUAAAAGGACUCUUCGGCAGACCUUGGAAGAUGGAGCAGUGGAGAAUAAAAUCACAGGCACAUGGAGUUCUUGGGGCCCAUGGUCCUCAUGCUCACAGACUUGUGGAUUAGGAGUUUUAGAAAGAAGCCGGAGCUGUUUGGCUCCCUAUCAGCAAGUUCCUUGGGUUCCAGGAGCAGAACUAGGUCCUCAUAUCAUUCAAACUCAACCACAGCCCCCUUUUCAUAAUGAAAGACCUAAUCCUUACCCAUUUGGUGGAGCAAGGCCCUCAUACCCCCUCCAUAACGAUGGAGAAAUUGCAGCACCUUAUACAGAUCAAUUUGUACCAAGAAACCCUUCCUAUUCUAGAUAUAAUCCUUUCAACCGUCACACUCGCCAAGAGACUUUUCCCAGUGGGUUACAACCAACAUACCAAAGACGUGACCAUUCCACCUAUCAAAGAGGCACAUCCAACCGUGCAAGGUCCGCAUUACGACAACCAGAACCAGGAUGGCAGCCAGCAGAGCAUGAUGCUCCCCAUUUACAGGAGGGAUUGCUUGUAUCUGAACCAAUUCCUAAUCACAGAAAUAUCCACCGUGAUCCUUUAACAUCUGCACGGAAGAACCAUUCUAGGCAUGAUGACCCUUCACAGUCGUGGCCCUUCUUCCCAGAUUCAAUUCCACUUCUCAAACCUGACAGUUACGAAGAUCAAAACCUUGGCCGAGCCUCACCUGUCCUAUCUCCAACAAAAGAACCGCGCUUCUCAACAAGACGAUCUCGUGUUCGAAAUUCAAUCAAACCAGGCAAAUAUGGUUACGGCAGAGUACCCUUUGCAUUGCCCCUGCACAGAGAUAAAGAGGAUCCUCAGCGUUUUAAGAGACAUCAUAAACCACUUGUUGAAGGAGCAACUGCUGCACCUAAGAGAGAAAAAGGGAAGGAUCUCCACUCAACUCUGGAUUCAUCGACUGAAGACUUGGAGGCUACUAGUGUGGAGUCUCCAGAUCAGGCAUUAGAAUGGCUGUCAAGUCCCUCAAAAUCAAAACGCUCAUCUCACAAAAAGCAGAAGCAGUCUUCUUUGACUGAACAUCCUUCUUGGCCUCAAACUCUUUGGAAUUCCACCAUGAUAAAAGAUAUUGCUGGAAUUCACCACAGACAGUUUAAUAGAGAUUUAUUAGAGCACGAAUCUCACGUGGACAUUAAUGUAGAAUUUAUUGCAGAAGGCCAGGACCAAGGGCUAAAUGUUAAAAAGACAGGCGUAAACCAUAGAUUCCAUGUUUUUUCUCCCAUCCACGUGAGAGAUUCAUCGAAUCAUGGUCACAAAAGUAGUCACCCAACCCCAACAUCACAUGAAGCCGACGAUGAUGACCAGCCAUAUAAUGUUUUUAGAAAAAAUACAAAGAUUAAUGCUUCUAGUACUCGAACUUCCAUUCCAGUUGAGGAGUCCUUUUCUGGCCUUGAAGGCCAGAGGAUACCUUCAACUCACACUUUAGCUUUUAAGCAUUCGGAAAAGUCUAGGGGGUCUGCAAAUCAUGAAGAUGCUCAUGUAGCGAGGAAGGCUAGGUUGAAGACCAUUUCAACACCCAGAAGUUACAUGAGUUUUGAAGACCAAUCCCACAUGGAAAAGAAAGAAGAAGCAAGAAGGAUGUCCAAAUCAUUCAGUACUGUGAAACCAGCCCAGAAGAGACUUGUCGGUCAAAGAGUAGACAUACCUGUGAAAUUCUCUGACAGCAGUUUCCAUAGUGAUAAGAAAACUCUAGUUGAGCGUAACAUUGACCAAGGAUUUCAGAGAUUGGUUCUUAAAGAUCACGUUAAACCAUUGCAUAAUUGGGAAACAAGACCAUCAAAGGUUUCUGAUGCCACAAGGACUGAUAUGAUGCAGGGAGAAGAGGCUCAGCACAGCCACCAACCUCUCCCCCAGUCACCAAACCUACCCAGAUCCCGGAGUCAAAGGCAAAGUCCUUACAGGCAAAGUGCAGACAGCAGCAGAAUAUUCCAAAGCCUUUUCAGAGAUAAUCCACCGGUCCUGAGACCUCUGCAAACAGAUCCAUGGUUGGCACUUGGAAGUAAUCCAGCCGUGCAUAGUGAAAGAGAACCGGAAUCAAGGCCAGGCCUACAUCAAAACUCUGACGUUUCCCAGUAUAACCUGUAUAACCCAGGAAGUGAGGAGUUCCACUGCGUGGGGGAGCAGAAGCAGUACAAGCCCUGUAGCCAAGAGCCAUGCCCAGCAAACCAGCCAGAUUCCAGGACUUUACAGUGCGCCACCUUUAACAAUCAGGAGUUUAUGGGUAGACUUUACCAAUGGGAGGCAUUCACCGAAGUCAAUGGUAACCAGAGAUGCGCUCUGAACUGUCGCCCGGUUGGCUAUCGUUUCUAUGUGCGUCACACAGAGAAGGUCCAGGAUGGAACGUCGUGCGAAGCUGGCUCUUCUGAUAUCUGUGUCGGUGGCCAGUGCUUGAGCCCUGGCUGUGAUGGGAUCCUGGGCUCCAACAGCACGCUGGACACCUGUGGAGUAUGCGGUGGGGAUAGCUCGACUUGUAAGUUUAUCACUGGAACUUUUAAAGACACCAAUGUUCCCAUUGGGUAUCACAAAAUUCUGGAGAUCCCGAAAGGAGCAACCCAGAUCAGUGUGAGGGAGCUGACGUGGAGCCCCAAUUAUCUGGCAUUAAGAAGCCGCAAUGGGAAAUCUAUUAUAAAUGGAAACUGGGCUAUAGACCCCCCUGGAAGAUACGAGGCUGGAGACACCGCGUUUAUUUACACUCAGCCAGGGCGGGAGGACCAGGAAGGAGAAACGUUCACUGCAGCAGGACCUACCUCUGAAGCACUGGAUGUCUACAUGAUCUUUCAACAGGACAACCCCGGGAUCUCCUUCCAGUUCUUUAUAUCCUCCCCUCCCAGCUCUGAACAUGCUGGCCAGGUCCCCAACCUCCCCCAGCAGGAAUAUGGAGCUCUAAGGUCAAUGUCAUCAAGUGAUCCUCUUCCACUCCCGAUCUCCAGAAGUCAUGCUGUAGAAGAACGAAUUCCAGUCUCUCCUCCACAACCAAGGCCACCACCACCAAGACCAGCGGGUACCCUACAACGUAACAUUCGUAUCCCACCACUGCAGCCACCUCCAGUGCAUUACUGGCCAGAGCAACCAGAGUUUUUCUGGAAACGCGUUGGAAACACACCAUGCUCCGUUACAUGUGGAAAAGGUUUCUGGUAUCCCAUUUUCCAGUGCGUGUCCCGGAACUCAUUAGAAGAAGUUGGCGACGAAGAAUGUGAUCCAUCAACCAAGCCUUUCUCUCAGGAGGAAGCCUGUAACACACAGCCGUGCCCUGCGUUUUGGGAUGUCGGAAACUGGUCGGUCUGCUCUCGGACAUGCGGCAGUGGGAUACAGCACCGUCAGGUUCUGUGUCGGCAGAUGUAUGCUAAUCGAACCACCAUGGUUCAGCCACAGAGAUGUAGCAAUCUGGUGAAACCCAACGUCACCCAGACCUGCCAACUCCGAAUCUGCAGCCACUGGGAAAUCCAGAGCAACUGGACCACGUGCUCAGUCAUGUGUGGCAUCGGCCAAAAGACCCGUCAUGUUCGGUGCAUCAGUAACCAUGGCGAUAUGGUGAGUGAGGGAGAAUGUAAUAAUCGCCUGCGACCUAGAACCAAUGAGGCCUGUGACAUGGGUCCAUGUGUCCGCAGCUGGUUCCACAAUGAGUGGAGCCCUACGUGUUCCUCAGAGUGCGGCCCAGGGAUCCAGCGGCGCUCGGUCUUCUGCCUCUCAAGUUCCCCCACUGACGAGUCCCAGGAGGGGUGCACUGGGUCCAAACCCUCUGAUAUGAAAGUGUGUAACAGCGGACCAUGUGAGCGGACAGUACGUUGGUAUACAGGACCCUGGUCACAGUGUUCUGCUGAUUGUGAUGAAGGGUCCCAGCGGCGUGACGUGAUCUGUGUGAGCAAGCUGGGCACAGAGUUUAACAUUACGGACCAGUCUGAGUGCUCCCACCUGGACAAACCUGCCUCGCUUCAGUCCUGCAAUGCUGGAUCUUGUGGCUCUCGCUGGUUCACCAGCCCCUGGAGCGCUUGCUCGCAGUCAUGUCUCGGCGGCGUUCAGACACGGGAAGUGCGUUGUCUUGCCUCUGACAGGACCUACAGUCACCUGUGUGACCUGGACAGCAAACCAGAAGAGCGCAAAGUGUGCAACACGCAGCCCUGCUCCGCUGUACUAGAUGAAAACUGCCGGGACCGAUUUCACAACUGCGCAGUGGUGGUGCAAGCGCGACUCUGCGUCUAUGCCUAUUAUAAACAAGCCUGCUGUUCCUCCUGCACUCACUCACUGAUACGGUCACCAACCCCUGACAGCCGAUAGCCACACGGAUUGUCAUGGAUGUCGCAUGUCUCCUCCUUACCAGAUUCUAUAUUUUCUAUACACAGAAGAGACAGUAUUUAUUGAACCUCUAUGGAGCUGGCCCGGCUACCAGCAAGCAAAACCCUUGUGAUCCCUGCCAGCGGAACAGAGGCGUUGACACAUAAAUGUAUAUUUGCUUUUAACAUUGGCCUGGCUGGCAGAGGGGAAAUGUCACUUUCCCAAAUUGUCUAUGGUGCUAUAACCAGAACAGGUGACUGUGAAUCAUAUGCAACAGAGCGUAACGUAUAUACGGAUCUCUUAAGCAUCGCAAUUUUAUUAUAGGAAUUGUGUUUUCUAUGCAGUGUCAGAAAUUAUUGGCUACUGUAAAAUAACAGAUUAUAGCCAACUUAGUACUACCGGAAAUAGUCUUUGCCAUUCCGGUGGACGUAUGCAGAAGAUUUGGCUAACCUGGUGAUGUUCUGCGAUUAGAGGGUGCACCCUCUAUUUACCGCACCCUGAAUUCUCCCUGGCUUCACAUGCAAUUCACCGCUCUAUUGCUUUGUUACUUCAGAUAAGACUGGAUCUGUGACCAUAGUGACAUUUUAUAGCCAGCAUUCUGUUCUAACCAUGUGUCUGGGUGCUGUUAAUCCGUGUGACAAUAUAAGACCCCCUGAAAAAUUGGUAUUUCAUAAAGAUAUAACCAUUAGGAAAUUCAGAUUUUUGACUGUGUUGGAAUUUCACUGAAAUUCCAAAAUAGUCCAGAGAUAUACAGAGAAAGUAAACAAUUACUUUCUCUAUAUUACUCAUCUGCCUGACUUUCUUUGACUCAGGACAGAGUCUAAGAUACACCAGUGACGUCUGCAGGGAAUAGGUGGUUUCUAUGGAAGAUAUCGUGGGAUCCUUAAGGGACCACUAUAGGCACCCAGACCACUUCAGCUCAAUGGUUAACCCUGCCUUCUGAAAGCAUAGCAGUUUCAGAGAAAUCUUUUGAGUGCGUGCUAAAGUCUAGUUACAAUGACGUGACUAAUGUGAGUUUUGUGCAAAAAAUAGAUCUGGCGUUAGCAUGAACUAGGAUCUGGCAAUGGUCCUAAUCUGCUUCUUUUUCCAGCCUGCUCUUGUCCACCCUAAGCAGUCCUCCUUUCACUCACAGCACUUGGAUCGGGUAGUGGUGGCCUAGAGCGGCGAGAUGUGCUGCCACUCUGCUCAGCUCACUGCGAGCAUGUGCGAUUUCGUGUUCACUGCUUCUAAUAUAGAAGCACUGUAUUCUCACGCACCCAAGAUCCAACAAUGCUUCUCAUAGAUUUGACCUCUGAGAGGGAACCGGUAUCUCAGCUUGAUGACAGUGGGGAAAGGAUUGGGGAGAACCUGGACCAGUGUUUGAUUCAAGGUAAGUUUUAAGUGGGUUAUUUAGAAGAUACAUUUUUUUUUUUUAAAUGGCGGGGAUGACAAGUGCCUGAUUGGUCUUUUUAAAAAAAAAAUAAAAAUGAAAAUCUGGUUGGAGUAACCGUUGACUUAGUUACAGCUGAUUUAUGAGCCAUUUACAAUAAAAGGUCAGUAAUGUGAUUUUAUGCUCAGCCAGAUACGAAGUACAUUUGUGUUUGUAAAGUACUGUAUUUGUUGUGUUAUGGCCUGCUCAUGUGGAUAGACAUUAUCGACAUUGGCCAGUAACUGUGGAAGGUGCAGGACUAAGCAGGUGCCUCUCUAGGAAAUGAAAGUGCACAAAGAUGAGAUUAGUAGGAAGAGAAAAUUAAGUUACAAAAAUUAAUGAGCAGAGGAACACAGACCAUGAGGAACGUUCAACAAAUUGCUUGUUUUUAUUAAGGGACCCUAUAGCCAACAGAACAACUACAGCUUAAUUGAAUUGUUCUUGUGAGUGUAGUCUAUUUCAGAGAAAAGGCAGUUCUUACAUUA